GAAUAGAGAGUCAGUGUGUGAGGGAGCGAGGGGGCCGGGGGCCAGAGAGGGCGAGCGAAAAGGACAGGCGCGCACGGGGCUCCGGCUGCGCGUGGGGAUACCGCCCGCAAAGCGAGGCGAGGGGCAGCGCUGAGCUACCCCAGGCUCCUACCUGGACCCCGCGGAGACGCCGGAGGGAUGUGCAGCGCGGCCGUCGCUUAAUUACUCGCAGCGCCAAUGGAGCCAAGCGGCCGCGAAUGACAAACCCCGUCCUGCCCCGCGAGGGGCUGUGAACUAAGGGGCGCGCGUGGAUAGUGCAUUCCCGCAACAAGUGUGCGGAGCCUGCGCCUGCCCGUCCCCGGGGGGCUGCCUGACACGUGCGCAGGAGGUCGCUGCUCCAGGGGACCUGCCUCUGGAGCUGCGAGACUGCCCCGCGGCACAGUCGAGCUCCAGCCUCUCUGCGGUUGUUCCUGGCUUCGUGCGGAGGCGCCCUCCCCUGCCCUGGUCUGUCUGGAGCCCUGGCUCAGCGGGUCCUGCUUGGACACAUGGAGAAAGAUCCCGGCUCGCCGCGGCACAGAGCCUGUUUCUCCUUCCUAAGUGUUGCCAGCGCUUCCUGGAAGUCCUGAAUCGCUCACUGCACAGUGAGUUCAUGCACCUUCGUGCCAAGCCUCAGUCUGCAGGAUCUGGGGAGGCUGUACCGAAAGCCCUGCCUAGUCUCCUUAGCCCACUUGCGCUUCCUCUGGGGUGUCCCCUCGUUGUGGCUCCCUCUUUACUCUCGCACAUGAAGAUGCACUUGCAACGGGCGCUGGUGGUCCUGUGCCUGCUGAGCUUUGCCACCGUCAGUCUCUCGCUCUCCUCUUGCACCACCCUAGAACUCGACCACAUCAAGAAGAAGAGGGUGGAGGCCAUCAGGGGGCAGAUUCUGAGUAAGUUGAGGCUCACGAGCCCCCCCGAGACGGUAGGACCAACUCAUGUGCCCUACCAGAUUCUGGCCCUGUAUAACAGCACCCGGGAGCUGCUGGAGGAGAUGGAGGAGGAGAAGGAGGAGAGCUGCUUUCAGGACAGCACCGAGUCCGAAUAUUACGCCAAGGAAAUCCACAAAUUUGAUCUGAUCCAGGGUCUUCCCGAGCACAAUGAGUUGGGCAUUUGCCCCAAAGGCAUCACCUCCAACGUGUUCCGCUUCAACGUAUCCUCAGCAGAGAAGAACAGCACCAAUCUGUUUCGGGCUGAGUUCCGAGUGCUGCGAGUGCCCAACCCAAGCUCCAAACGCAGCGAGCAGCGUAUCGAGCUCUUCCAGAUCCUUCGGCCUGAUGAACACAUAGCAAAGCAGCGCUACCUCAGUGGCAGGAAUGUGCAAACUAGGGGCUCUGCAGAGUGGUUGUCCUUCGAUGUCACAGAGACAGUUCGCGAGUGGCUCCUGCGCAGAGAAUCCAACCUGGGUCUGGAGAUCAGCAUCCAUUGUCCAUGUCACACUUUUCAGCCCAAUGGGGACAUCUUGGAGACCUAUCACGAAGUGCUGGAGGUCAAGUUCAAAGGCAUUGACAGUGAGGAUGACUAUGGGCGUGGGGACUUGGGCCGGCUGAAGAAGCAGAAGGACCUUCACAACCCUCAUCUGAUUUUGAUGAUGCUACCCCCACAUCGGCUUGAGAGUCCAGCUCUGGGAGGCCAAAGGAAGAAACGAGCCCUGGAUACUAAUUACUGCUUCCGGAACUUGGAGGAGAACUGCUGCGUGCGUCCUCUCUACAUCGAUUUCCGACAGGACCUGGGUUGGAAAUGGGUCCAUGAGCCUAAGGGCUACUUCGCCAACUUCUGCUCAGGCCCUUGCCCAUACCUCCGCAGUGCAGACACCACCCACAGCACGGUGCUGGGCCUGUACAACACGCUGAAUCCUGAGGCAUCUGCCUCCCCCUGCUGUGUCCCCCAAGACCUGGAGCCCCUCACCAUCCUGUACUAUGUGGGGAGGACCCCCAAAGUGGAGCAGCUUUCCAACAUGGUGGUGAAAUCCUGCAAGUGCAGCUGAAAGGCACCAUGCCCCCAUCAAAGCUGAGAGAGAAAAACUGUAACCACCUGUUUGCCAGCUGCCAGAGUAACAUGAAGGGAACAAGGAGGCCAGAGACUUGAGCACACUGAGACCUGGACUCCUAACUAUGCAGCUCAGGACAUAUCACCCACUUUGGGGAUCCCUUUGGAAACAUUUAUUUUCUGUCUGGGUGGUUCAGUGACCUUCUUUCCAAGAGGCACUCUGAUGACAUGAAGACAACACACUCCGGAAUGUCUGGACAUUUGGUAGGAAGUGAGGGGGCACUGAAUGGAGAAACUGCACUGUGUUUGGAGGCAGGGGAUAGUUUAGAAUGAGAAGCAUGAUGAACAUGGAGGAAAGGGGAAGGGAGGUGGGACAGUCCUUCCUGUUCCAGCUAUAUUGGGACCCUAGCCCAACCUCUGUCCUGAAGAAUGAGGAUUUCCUUAUGAAGGAACAAACAAGAUUUAUUAAAAAAAAAGUCACCAAGAAGGGGAGCUGAGACACACACUUAGGCUCUUACUGCCUCAGAGCUGGGAUGCAGGAGUCCCACAAAUUAUACCAUGUCCAUUCUGUAGCUCCUGAGUACUGAGGCUAAACCCAAAUCACAAGCCCCACAUUCAAGGUACUCAGGAUGGGCUGAUUUGAGAAGAGGAGGGGAAGGGAGGGUGCGCUGAUUCCAUUCACAGAAGGUUUGAUGUUCUGCAUUUCCUUUUUAGGCGGGUCCCCUCCCUUCCCUGGAGGUCCUGCUACAUAGUUUUUGGGUUAGCGUGUGCACUGUUUCUCCUGUGAGUACCAGAUUUGGAACCAUCCAGUCUUGGAUUAUCUCUCUCCCUUUUCCCCCUCCAUGUUUGUUGCGGUGUGUGAGGUGCCUUAGGGAAUUCUGCAUCUCUCUUGCACAAGAACCUAGCCCAGGUCUCACCAGCCAAGGUUUUAAAAAAAUUAUUAAUCUCAAAACCAUUGUAAAAAAUAAAUAUUUUGGGGGGAAAUAGAAUUUUCUGACUAGGAGUGUUAUUUGCUAAGAGGUUAGAGAUUGUCAUUUCAGAAUUCUGCUCUAGCUGCAACAUAGCUUAGGGUGACUGCAAGAUCUGUCCCCCAUCCAGAAACCCUGGGCCCAUUCUCAGUGGGAAGAUAGAGCACUACAGCUAGCUAGAGAAUUACAAGAUGUGAUCAUGCCAGAAAGCUCUUUUUCCUUCCUUUGCCAAAUACAACUGUCAGCCAGGUCAAGAUCCAUGCAGUCCAUCCAAAUGGUACUAGUUCUGCAUGUGUCCAUCUGGUCUAGGUUCUUUGAUAUGCAAUCACUUCUGUCAGGUGCUGUCAAACAGACACACCCUCUCUUUCAAUAAAAAAACAAAUGGAUAGAGUCCAACACAUAGGGCAGUGCAGUUCUAGAUAGCCUGCUACAGAAUACACUAUAGUCACCAUGGCUUAGAUUCACAUGUUUAGUUAGACAUGCUUUUGAGUGUAGUCUGCCAACUGAGAAAACAAGAAGGUAACAGUUUGACAAAUGGGCACUGAGAGAGUGCAUUCUCUGCCUUCGUGGGCCCCAUGAUUUCAGGCAGACUGCUUGACUCAGAGACUCACAACUGCCUUCAGUUCAGACAUUUUCUCCAUGGCCUCAAACUUGCUAUUUAAUUAACCACCUUCUUCAUUGGCCAGCAUGGGGCAACGAGAGGAGAACCGUCCCCAUAGUCUCUGCUGCUCUUCCUAAUGGAUCAGGGACAGGCCAUACCCCUUGCCAAAGUAUACCUUUCCCUCUGGUGUGUCUUACUCUCCAGGUCAACUCUCCUGAGGCAAGUAGGGAAUUUGAGAAAUGGCAGGAACCAGUCCUACUCCAGGUUCCAACCCAGAGAAUACCAGCUAUCUGCAAUAUAUCCUGAACCAGCUGUGAUAAUUAUGAUUUCCUGGGUCAUUUCCCCAGAGCCUCCCCUAGCACCUUUUUUAUUGUUAUCACAGAACCUUCCUGCUGGUACCUGACAGCAUUUGUAAUGCCUAGACCUCCAGCUACGCAUUUCUACAAGCUCCUUGAGUGCUCUGAACUGAAAGGAAGUCCUUUUAACCAGUACUAGCUAGUUUUUAAUUGGCUCCACCUAGUCCUGAUUAGCCUGUUUUAAUUGAUUCCAACAAAUUCUUGAUUGGCUCCAGGCAUCUUAAUUGGCCUGUAUGCCUUGAUUGGUUGUAACAAGUUCCUUAUUGGCUUCAGGUGAUUUGGUUGCACUGAAGUAGCUCCUUCUAGCUUACCUGCAGAAAAGGGACUUGUUUUACCUGGGGCUAAUAUACCUGCCUUCCAUCACAAUCAUGUAGGCU